CUCCCCUGAUCAAAGAUCAAAUUAAUGAAUUAUAGAUACACUUUCGUUCCAUUUGCUCUCUCUCUCUCUCUCGUCCACACGCAUUACAAUAACACUUUACCAUUUCCAAAAACCCUAAAACAGGGCUUCGAUGGCUGACCAAGAAAACCUUAUACCCACGCCCAUCAGAACAAGGGCAUCCAAGAAAAGACUCAAUGAAUCUGUGGAAGGGAUUUCCGUAUCAAAGAAGCGAGUCGUGCUGGGUGAGCUCACCAACAUCUCAUCCGACGCUGCCGGGUUGGCUCUAAAAUCUGCUCCGAGCAAAUCCCCGGAACCCGUACUCGUGCCUGAACCCGAACAGAAGAUCGGGGUGUUGGUUGAUAAAAAAGCAAGUACUGAAAUUGAUGUGAAUGUUGAUUUCCACGUUAGCCCAGAAACUGAUGAAUCGGAAAAAUAUAGACACGCUCCUCUUAUGUUUCGGCAUCUUCACUCCCUGGAGGUAGAGGCAAAGAGGAGGCCUUUGUCUGAUUACAUGGAGACAGUUCAGACGGAUAUAACACCAGCUAUGCGUGAGAUUCUGGUUGAUUGGUUGGUUGAGGUUGCAGAGGAAUUCAAACUUGUUUCGGAGACCACUUAUCUUACAAUAAACUAUAUCGACAAGUAUCUGUCUUCCCAUGACUUGAGCAGGAAUAAGCUUCAGCUUCUUGGUGUAUCUUGCAUGCUUCUUGCAGCAAAAUAUGAAGAAAUCAGUCCACCUCAUGUUGAAGAAUUUUGCUACAUGACGGACAACUUGUACUCAAAAGAAGACGUUAUACACAUGGAGAGAGAUGUGCUGAAGUUUUUAAACUAUGAGAUGGGUGAUCCCACAGCAAAAACAUUUCUCAGGAUUUUUAUCAAGGCUGCUCAAGAAAAACCUCUGUACUCAAAAAUGCAAUUUGACUUCCUGUGUUGUUAUAUUGCUGAACUAAGUUUACUGGAUUUUCAUUGCGUCCGGUUCAUUCCAUCUACCAUUGCUGCUUCAGCCAUCUUUCUUUCAAGAUUGAUAAUGAAGCCAAACUUUCACCCAUGGAACUUGGCCCUGCAAAAAUAUACAGGUUUAAAACCAUCUGAACUGAAAGAGUGUGUGGUCACACUUCACAGUCUGCAACUAAGAAUGGGAGCAAGUGCACGUGCAGUGAGAGAGAAAUAUAUGGACCACAAGUUCCAAUGCGUUGCAUCAUUGUCUCCACCCUCAGAAAUUCCUGCUCAUUAUUUUGAGGCAUGGUACGAAGAAAUUUGAUGAUGUGCACAUGGAGUCAACGAUCUAAAAGUUCUUGAAGAUUGUCACCCUGACAAAUUCCUCUGGAAAUUAUUCACAAUUAACUCAGAACUCAUUACACUUUUGGUGCUGGUUCACUAAUUCUAAAGUUCGUUAGAUUUCCUUGAAAUGCAGGAAAAUUUUCAGUUCCACUUUGUUUGAAUCUUUUGUAAAGGCUGGUAACAAAACCACCAUUUUUGUUUCUUCAUAGGGAAAAACAAUUAUUUAUCAAUAGUUUGGCUGGUAUUCUGCAAACUCUAAUAUAGGAUAUCUGGAUAGUGGAUAUGGUAAUUAUGCUGUGGAAACACUUGUACAUCUUUAUGGUGAAUAAAGCAUUAUGAUUCCAGUACCA